AUGGAUGACAUGGACCCCCCUUCAAUCUCCCUGGUUGCCCCAAACCUGUAUGUUGGGAAUGUUGCAAGCUCCAUGAAUCGCAAUGUUCUCCGGCAGCACAACAUAACAGCAAUCGUUUCGCUCCUCGACGGUCCGUAUCCAAAAUGGGACAAGACGAAAAACAGAGAGAUAGUACCUCAGGACUGUCACAUGUUUGUCCCGUGUCUCGACAAUUCUACAAUGGAUAUCCUCUGUUUAUUGGACAAUAUCUGCAACUUCGUCGACUUACAGCUGGGUCGCCGACAUCCGGAAAGUCUACCCUCGUCUGCCUGUGGAGAGGAGUCUGAGCUUGAGUCACUUUCAACUACACCAAGUAGCGACUCGACCCGGGAGCCAAACGUGCUGAUUCACUGCCGCAUGGGGAUGUCGAGAUCGGCUGCCGUUGCAGUAGCAUAUCUCAUGCGCCAAAAACAGGAGAGCCUGGAUGUCAUCCUUCCCCAAGUCAAGACAAAGCGACAUGUGAGGCCACGGGAGAACUUUAUCGACCAACUCGAUAUCUGGCAAGCUGUCGACUACCAACCCUGGGAAGACAACGAGAAAAAGAGGCCCAAGCCACCAUAUCAAAAGUACCUCGAUAAGCGAGCUGUGAAACUCGCUGCAAAGGGCCUGACAGGAAAUGAGCCCAUCGUUCCUGUAUGGAACUAA